AUGGCAGAGCACGAAGUCGAUAAACAAACCCUCCUCAACCUUAUCACGCAAGACCCUGGUCUACCACGCAACAACCCUACAGCGGCCUACUGGCAACAUCUCCCACACCGACUCUCCAACGUUCAAAGCGCCAAUCUCCCACAAACCACCGAUAUCGCCAUCAUCGGCUCUGGAAUCACAGGCGUGAGCGUGGCAAAAACUAUCCUUGAGCAGGACGAGGCAGCAACAGUAACCGUCUUCGAUGCCCGGGCCCUCUGCUCCGGUGCGACCGGUCGCAAUGGCGGACAACUCGCGAUUAAUGCAGCGGAAAGCUAUCUCAAACUGAAGAAGAUGGUGGGCAUGGAGAUGGCAGGGAAGAUUAUCCACUUUAAUAUCAAGACGCUCGAGGCACUUCGACGGAUCGCAGCGCAGCUUGCCUUGGUUCAGGAUCCUGAGGUCACUGAUGUCGUGAAGAUCCGGUCUUUCAAAGAUGAGGAGUCGUUUCGGAGGGUACAAGGUGGAAUUGAGGCGUUGGAAGCCGAUCACCCUUCCCUGAGGGGGUUGUAUACCGUUCUUGACCCAGAGGCUUGUCGAAAGGUGAGAAGUCCCUCUCCGUUCCCGGCUGUGCUCUCGCUAAUUGCAAGUAGGAACAUGGUGUCCACGGCGUUGCUGGCGCAGUGCUGCAUUCUUCCGGGACAGUCUGGCCAUACAGGGUAG